UGUUUUCCAUUUUGCUAUUUUAAUCAUAUAGAGUAUAUUCAUUGGGAUACUCGGUAAAGAUUUGAGCGGAGAUGACGCAUAUGAAAAGCACACGAUGCAAAGAUCAACGCACACGAUGUAAAGAUCAGCUGCCACAUAUGUGCAUUAUGCGCAGCAGCCAGCAGCAAAGUGAGCAAAGUGCGGCGAGCGGUCCGGAGCGCAAGAUUCUUUGCUCGAGCCGCUCGAGAAUAAUUAGUAUUUUAAUCUAAGUUCUCUUUGACGCACACACACACAUAGUGGCACGUGCAGUGUGGAACAUAUUUGUUUUCAGAAGCCUAGUGUGUAUUUGUGCAGCGAAUACAUGUAAUCUCGGUAAUUUGAAGGUUAUGAUCUAUAUGCAGAACCCGCUGGAAACUGUUUGUGGAAGCAGUUUUGACCAACGACUUGAGACAUGACUGAUGUAAAGGCACCUGGGCAGGAUGUUCCUGAAAAAUCAGGAUACCACAGUGUAAUCAAAGAUCACUCAAACAAUAUUGCAGGAGGAUUUGAAACCAUCGUGACUAAAACAUCGAAAAAUGAAUCUCAUAAGCCGUCGACGAAAAAACAUGAAAAGGAAGAGUCGAAUCUUGAUAAGCGUAGCAAUAUAAAACGUUUAAUAAUAACGUUACUCUUCAGCCUCAUCACGACUCUUCCAUUAUUAUACCUCAUUAUAAACCCAUUACGUACUACUACGAGUAGUUACAAUGCGGAACUGGAAUUUAUGAUUAAUAUAAAUAACGACAGUAUCGAGGAGACAAGGUAUCAGCAUGUAUUAGUGGAUACACCCGAUAUGUACAUUGAACAAGAAACGUAUGAUCGAAAAAUAGUGCCUUUGAAGAAAGAAAGUAAUCUACCUGAAGAAAACACAUCUUUUGACAAUGCUCAACAGUGCACUAAUGUUCCUGAAAUAUUGCGCUUCGAUUGCCACCCAGAGGAUGGAGCGUCGCAACUCUCUUGUACAGACAGAGGAUGCUGUUGGAAUCCUCUUGCGAGGAACAAAAGUGAAAAGCACGUGCCAUUGUAUAUUCCUUAUUGUUACUACCCCGAGGGAUGGAAUCUGUAUAAAUUUAUUAACCACAGUCAGGAUGGUAGCAACUUCUUAGCCUUUCUCAGCCGAGAGAAGGAAUCUGUGUACAAGAAUAAUGUGCCUCUUGUGAAGGUAGAAGCCACAAGCGUAGACAGUUCAACUCUGCGUGUGAAGAUAUAUGAUCCCUUGAAACCGCGAUACGAACCACCAUGGCCAAUUAGAUCGGAUCCGGAGCCAUUUUUAUACCGAGUUGCCGACGCAAAAUAUGAAUUUAAUAGCGAUGGCGUAAAACCUGGUUUUAAAGUCAAUAGAAUCAGUGAUGGCACAACAUUAUUUAAUUCAAUUGGGACUGGAGGUUUCAUAUUUGCUGACCAGUUUUUACAAAUAAGUUCAUUGCUACCAACAAGCAACAUUUAUGGCAUUGGCGAGCAUAGAUCGAGCUUAAAAUUAAAUACUAAUUGGCAAUCAUUUACUUUAUUCAAUAAAGAUCAACCGCCAACGGAGAACGCAAAUUUGUAUGGAUCUCAUCCGUUUUACAUUGUUAUGGAGGAAUCUGGAAUGGCCCAUGGAGUUUUAUUUCUAAACAGUAACGCUAUGGAUGUGAUAUUGCAGCCUACACCGGCUAUAACAUUUAGAACGAUCGGCGGUAUUUUCGAUAUUUAUUUUUUCCUGGGACCGACUCCAGCUGAUGUAGUGAAACAAUAUUCCAUUCUCGUAGGCAAACCGUUUUUGCCACCCUAUUGGUCGCUCGGUUUUCAUUUAUGCAGGUUUGGAUAUGGAUCGUUGGAAAAUACUAAAGCAGUGUGGAACAGAACGAGAGCGGCUGGAAUCCCAUUUGAUACUCAAUGGAACGAUCUGGAUUAUAUGGACAAAAAUAAUGAUUUUACAUAUAAUAAAGAGAAAUUCAGAGAUUUGCCUAAGUUUGUGGAAGAGAUUCACUCGGUAGGAAUGCAUUAUAUCCCCUUAAUAGACGCCGGCAUAUCUGCUUCCGAAGAUAAUGGUUCUUAUCUGCCUUAUGAUGAGGGAAUAAAAGAAGACAUAUUUGUGAAAGACGGUAUCUCACACAAGCCUUUCGUCGGCAAAGUCUGGAAUUUCGUUUCCACAGUAUGGCCCGAUUUCACGAACCCUAAAACCAUGAUCUACUAUGCAAAUAUGAUGGGCGAUAUGCACAACAGUUUCGCGUAUGACGGUGCAUGGAUCGAUAUGAACGAACCGUCCAAUUUCUACAAUGGUUAUAAAAACGGCUGUGCGCAUAAUAAUCUAGAUUAUCCCGAAUAUGUCCCCCAUGUCAUUGGCGAUUUGCUCGCUACAAAAACUCUUUGCAUGAAUGCGAAACAUUAUUUGGGCACACACUAUGAUCUUCACAACACUUACGGGACGAGUCAAGCGAUUGCCACGAAUUAUGCCCUUAGGAAGAUUAGAUUAAAAAGACCGUUCAUAAUAUCUCGUUCGACAUGGGUAGGACAUGGUCAUUACGCGGGUCAUUGGACGGGUGACGUUUAUUCAUCAUGGCAUGAUCUGAAGAUGAGCAUUCCAGCCAUUUUGUCACUCAAUUUUUAUCAAAUUCCAAUGGUGGGCGCAGAUAUUUGCGGUUUCGACGGGAACACAACCGCUGCGUUGUGUAAUCGCUGGAUGCAACUUGGUGCUUUUUAUCCAUUUUCUCGAAAUCAUAAUUCAGAUGAUACAAUUGAGCAGGAUCCAGUUGCAAUGGGCGACUUAGUGGUACAAUCGUCAAAAAAUUCUCUCAGAAUACGUUAUCGACUUCUACCGUAUUUGUACACCUUAUUCUUUAGAGCACAUAAAUUCGGGGAAACAGUGGCGCGUCCAUUGUUCUUUGAGUUUACCGAUGACCGACAGACUUACGACAUUGAUACGCAAUUUCUUUGGGGAAGUGCGCUUAUGAUCAAUCCAGUUCUCGAAGAAGAUAAAACUGAGAUAGCUGUUUACGUACCGCGUGGUCUUUGGUACGAUUAUUAUACUCUUAAAUCCUUCUUCUCGAUCGGGAAACAUUAUACCCUACCUGCACCGAUUGACACCAUACCGUUAUUGGUUCGUGGAGGCUCGAUACUUCCAGCGCAGAAACCGGGUGUAACGACAACGGAGAGCAGAAAGAAUGAUUUUGAAUUAAUAGUAGCGUUGGAUGAAGCUGGAAAUGCCAACGGAGAGCUGUAUUGGGACGAUGGCGAUAACUUAGAUACUAUAAAAAAUAAAGAAUAUUUAUGGCAGUCUUUCACUGCAAACCAAUCCCAUUUAAUGAAUAUAAAAAUGGAUAAAAGCUACCUUAACGAAGAGGUAAUUCUUGGAAAAGUACAGAUUUUGGGAUUACAACAGCAGGUCUCCAGAGUGUUCCUAAAUCAAAAUGAAAUUGGAUUUAAAUAUGACGUUUUCACAUCGAGCCUAGAUAUUACUGGUUUACAAGUGGACAUGAAACUACCGUUCGUAUUUUAUUGGAUACUUGGAGGACCGAAUGACAAUACUAUUAAUUAAACGUGAUUUCUAUCGCGGUAUGUAAAUCUCACUUCUAAUAAUUAAUGUGAUAUAGGCUAUACGUAUGUUUUUUUUUUAUAAAUAUCCUACUUUAAGUUGAUAUAUUUUU